AUGCUUUGUUGUGAGUCAAGACUCAGGGAGUACCUCGAAAAGAGACUCGGCCAUGUCCCGGCCUUUUAUAACCUAAAAUUUCUCGUAAAUAAUCUGAAACUUGGCGGAUCUUGGCCCCCAAUCAACGCUGGAAAAAAGGCCUACCUGACGUGGAGUGUGAUCAUAACGAACCUCACCCUCGGUCACUUGCUCUUCGUGCAAACCGCCUUUGUAGUCGCUGGUUGGAGGGCGACGGAGAAAAUCGCGUCCGCGGUUGCCCUCCUGAUGAACAACUACAUCCACGCCUGGAAGGUGUACGUAGUAUUUCGCUACCAAAAGCGGAUUCAACGACUCUUGGAUGACGCCGAGGCGAAAAACGUCCUUAGCGAUCCGGAGCUGGAGAAAAACCUCGAGUAUCAAAUGUCCUGGGCUUCGUUUAUGCACUACGGUAGCUUCCAGUUGAUGGGACUAGCGGCUUGCACUUUUUGGACCUUGUCGCCGGCUAUUCGCAGCCUGAAAGACGAAACCGACCGAGUCCUUCCUUUGAACGGGUGGUAUCCCUAUAACACUUUCUCCUCGCCCUUCUACGAGAUCACCUUCGUCUACCAGACCGUGACGGUGGUGAUGUGCUGCGUUCAGAACAUAUCCAUAGACGGGAUGAUCGUUGGGUUCAUGGGCGUGAUUUGCUGCAAAUUCCAGUUACUUAAAAUCAGGAUAAACGAGAUCGGCAGAUCGGUCGACGAAUGUCAACGAAGUGAAUCGCUGAUCAAUAGGAUCUACGUUGGAAACGAGCUCCGCCAGAAGCUCGUGCUUUGCAUCAAGGAACACGUUGCCAUUUUUGAGUACGCCAGGGAGUUUGAAAACAUAUUCAACUGCGCAAUUUUCCUUCAAUUCUUGGAGAACUCCUUGGUCAUAUGCAUAUCCGCCCUCGCGGUCUCCCAGACCGGUGAGUUGAACAGCUUUUCAACGAUAUUGGGAAACUUGAUGUACCUGUUGACCAUCAUUUAUCAGCUCUUCUUGUACUGCUACUUCGGAAACGAGGUUGCGAUUCUGGUGUUCAAUAUCCUACGGCGGCAAGACAGGAUCGCGAAACUACUGGAGAUCCUCAAAAGCGACGUGUUCUCACGAUACAAUAUUCGCUACGAAGACCUGGUGAUUUCGUUCGCGUUGAAAGGCAUCCUCCACCAUGUAGCUUAUCAGAGUUUCGGCGCAGCGGCUGUUUUCUGUUGGGGUUUUACCCCAAUCGCCAAUAUAAUCGCGGGCAAUAAUCGCCGGCUACCAAUGGACGGAUGGUAUCCUUACAACGUGAGCCUCACACCAGCCUUCGAAUUCACCUACAUUCAUCAGACGGUCGCCGUGGUUUUAGCCUGUUUCCACAACGUAGCGAUGGACACUUUGGUCGCCGGUUUAAUCACCGUCGCUUGUUGUCAGCUUGAAAUAUUGAAAACGAAUCUUCGCCAGAUCGGAAUUCUGAAAUCAUGCCACGAAGAUGAGUUAAGGAAUUGCAUCCAGCAUCACAAAGCGAUAAUUGAUUUCACGAAAGAAGUCGAGGCGAUAUUUAACCGUACUAUAAUCCUUCAAUUCUUCGUCAACUGCAUUAUCAUUUGCCUCACCGCGUUUCACAUUACAAAGCUAAAAGUUUUCGUACCGGCUGAAUUCAUCGGCAUGACGAUGUACAUGUGCUGUAUGAUCUAUCAAAUAUUUAUCUACUGCUGGCACGGAAAUGAAAUCGUUGUACAGAGCGAAAGUGUCUCCGUUGCGGCCUUUCAAGGAAAUUGGUGGCUUUGCGGCGAAGGUUUGAAACGGGAUUUACGGCUGCUAAUGCUGCGUGCUAAUCGUCCGCUCACGUUGAAAGCCGGAAAUCUGUUGAUUCUGUCGCUGCAAACUUUUGUCAGCAUUCUAAGAUUAUCUUACUCGUUGUUCACGGUACUGCAGAGUUCAGCCUAAAUGUUGAUAGCUUAUCUAUUCACGUAUAGAAGAAGCGUUGCUAAUUAAUCUGGAGUAAUUUAACCAAUGAUUAAACACGAAAUGGUACGAUACUGAUUUCACUGGCAU